AUGCCAACGCACUCGUAUCUCCACAUCCUUGAGAAGUCAUUUUAUACCGUCUCCGAGUACGAUUUAAUGACUCUCACCAACGUACUCCAAGGUUUGACGGGAUUUCCCUCCCAGAUGUGCCAUGAUGAUAUCUGGUCAAUAGUUAGCCAGGUCCUGUCUGGAUUGGGUUUCCUGGCGACUUUUGGAUACCAGCAUAGGAGGCUCGAUCUACAGAAUAUUCUAAUAACUCGGCAUGGUACCGUGAAAGUGGGAGGCAUAGAACACAUUGUAAAUCAGACUUCGAAAGGCUAUCACAUCAUGUCCGAUGCGCUCAAACAGGUUAUCGAGGGCCUAAUUUCCAUGGGCCCUGAUUCAUGCUCCCAUUGCGUUGGUGGCGGCUGUAUCGCUUGCAAUGCCAAUACCGAGGAAAGUUGUUGCGACGGCACCUACAUGACCAGUCAGGUCGAAUCUCUCCGCAAUAUCAUAGAAAACCCCACGAAUCAACAAUCCACCUUGCAGGCCAUUAACAGAAUCAAAGACAUUGAAUUCAUCAGCCAGGCCCAAGGCAUAGGGCUGAGAGCCCUUGUGGAAUUUGCGUGGGCCAAAGGAUGGCAUGACGUCAAACCAGACUUACGGUUCCCAGACUAUUCCAAAAAAAAACCUGUGCCAUCCAUGACGCAGAAGUCCCCGGAUGACUUGCCGAUCGAUAUCGACGGCCUUUCCUACAGCAGAGAGACGUCUACUCUCGCCAGCGACCCACUGUAA